CUGCUCGAAGUGCCACGAUAAUCGUCAGUCCUUUUUGUCGCCUUCAACGCGUUAAGUGCUUCAGGCGACAGGCGCGGCGCGAUCGAAGGGGUCGCACUCUGACAGGAUUUAAAAUCGUGGCAUUUAAACACGCACUCGUCUAAUUGGACAAAUCCUGGGACAAAACUUGACGGGGAUUAAUCUUUUUCUCCCAUGAGAGAAGAGAUGAAGAGAAAAUAUCACGGGAUCCCUCAUGGAAACACCGGCAGAUCCACUCGGUGUGCUAACACCUCGACGGAUUCCACGAUGGGCCGCACAGGAUACACGUGCAUCAGGCACGUCUUCUGCUCCCUCAACGUCCUAAUCUGGUUAAGCGCCUGCGGGAUUUUGGGAGCUGGUAUUUGGCUGCGAUUGGUUUAUUCUGGAUAUACCACUCUGGUCCCGCAAUAUAGUUUUGCAUCAGCUGAUUCGUUGUUACUGGCAACUGGAUGCGUGACAUUUGUCGUCGCCUUUUUUGGAUGCUGCGGCGCAUGGUUUCAGUCCAGGUGUAUGCUGAUCACGUAUUUCAGCCUGGUAAUACUGCUGUUCUUGGCCGAGUUCAUGCUGGGCACGUUAGCCUUCAUAUUCAGAGAACAUCUCGGCAGAAGUUUGAAGGAGGAACUACUCUUCGGAAUAGAAAAACACUACAACAUUACCAGGGAACCAGGAACGUUACCUGCAGUUUGGGACCACAUACACACAGAGUUCCAUUGCUGCGGUGUCCGGGAUUACACCGACUGGUUCCAGAUCGAGGCCUGGCCGGCAGAAGAUCGAGUUCCCGAUUCUUGUUGCAUCAAAAGAGAGCGAUACUGUGGACGGCUGGACCCCGAAGGGCGUAACAAGGAAUUAUGGUACAAAGAUGGAUGUUCAUCGGCUAUACAAAUGUGGCUGGUGACGAGACUUCACGUGGUCGGGACCGUAGGCCUCGUCGUGGCGUUUCUUCAGCUUUUCGGGCUGAUAGCCAGCAUGAUCCUUUUUUGUACGGUCAGACACAAACGGUCGUCACACACGUACAAGAGUUACGAUACGACGACCUAGGAUCACUCGAGGAUCCUGGCCUAUGGGGUCUUCAGACCCUCGGCGGGAUCCUCGAUCAGCUGAAGGGGCUUCUGUCUCGUGAUACCCUGAAAAAGGCGGGUUUAUAUGAUCGUAAGAUUCAAUUUUCAACGUGGUUCCGUUCUAGGGACACGUUACGUAUGACGGCAAAUGAGAGUCCAGAGAAUGUUCUCCUGAAUUACCGCAAUAAACUGUUAAUGCCGAGGUUCUGUAAUUCUUCGAAGGUCGGAUCUUUAAUGACCGAGUAUCGUGGUUACCGUUGGCACGAAGGACUGCAUUUCAUGUAAAAGUGUUACUAGAGUUUCGGUGAUUUAUAUCACUUGGUGCAAUUUUACUUUGCAUGUGUGGCGGCGAUUAAAAUGUAAAAUGAAAUUUGGGAGAUGGUACAGAUGAGUGCAGAACGUGGUGAAAUCAUUUUAGAGGUCCUCUGUUGCAGAAUUGGCACGAACGACUGCAGUUCAUGUAAAAGUGUUAUUAGCGUUUUGGUGAUUUAUGUCACUUGGUGGAAUUUUACUUUGCACGUGUGGCGGUGAUUAAAAUGUAAAAUGAAAUUUGAGAGAUGGUACGGGUGAGUACAGAACGUGGUAAAAUCCUUUUAGGGGUCCUCUGUUGCAGAAUUGGCACGAACGACUGCAGUUCAUGUAAAAGUGUUAUUAGCGUUUUGGUGAUUUAUGUCACCUGGUGCAAUUUUACUUUGCACGUGUGGCGGCGAUUAAAAUGUAAUAAGAAAUUUGGGAGAUGGUACAGAUGAGCGCAGAACGUGGUGAAAUCAUUUUAGGGGGCCUCUGUUGCAGAAUUUGUGAAUAGAUUCGAUUGGAGGGAUGGAAGAGAAUUUUGAACCGACAGUAUGAUUAACACUGGAAUUACCGGGGAAUUUUUUUUGGCUGUGGUGGGCUAUCUGAAACCAGUCAUUUUUACUGAGCUCGGUACUUUUAGUGUUGAAAGAUCUGACGUUUAGGGCAAAGGGAAUUGUUUGCUGGCUAAAAACCAUAGUUACCGUUGUUUUAAAAGAACAAUGUUCAUGGAGAACAAUGUACCAGCAUUUAGGUGCUGGGAUUCAGUGCAAUUUUUGUGUGGGUUUUUGGAUACGCUAAACAGUCACAAUUGUCGGUGGUUUGACGCCGAAAAUAUCUUGAUUUUCACCUGUCAUAAUAUACGUUAUUAAAUUCCUAAUUGUCGACAUAGGGAUGUGUGGGCCUGUAAUAUAUGCAGUAGCAUAAGCAAUGGCACAAUAAUACAGAUUCUUUAGCUUAUCUGAGAAUUGGAACAUUAUCCAGCCGACUGAUUAUUAAGUUUCCGAAUAAAUUUUUAUCAACGUCGUUUUGUAUUGCAAAGGCAGAGUUUUUCCGUUGAACUGCCAGUUAUUUUGUGAAAUUUAAGUUCUUUUUCCGAAGAUGUAUAUUUAAAUGCCUGCAAGACGUACCCGUGAAUACUUGGUUUAUAUAAAUAGUGUUAAUGAAUUGUCGUUGGAAGGAAAUUGCAGAUUCAGCAUAUUAUUGAAUCUCUACCGCUUGGUUUUGUAUUAAGUAAUCGACCUGUAUAAUCCACAUAAUUUUAUUUAUAUUGUUAUUUUUUCCUGGCGCCAAAUCUGUUAACCAGCUAUUUCCUAAAGUUUUACUCAUAAUAUUAGUCAUGAAAUUAUUUUUUCAUAAAUCAUGUUAAUCAUAGGACAGGUUUCAGUAUGUAGUUGACUUAAAAUGAACAAAAAGGUGUUGUCUUUUUUUCAGGAAUAUAGUGAUGUUCACAGAUUCAUUGGGGAUACGUGCACAGUAUUUUGUUUCAAAGUGGUAGUUCACAGUUCUUGAUAAUGUAUCUCUAGUUAAAAUCGGUCUAAAACAAAAUGUGAAUAUUGUCAUUAUCAUCUUUGAUGUAGUCAAUUUUUGGGUAAAAUGGAUGCUAAUAACAAAUUCAAAAACGAAUUCUGAACAGGGAUUAAGAAGUUUAAGAACCGGACAGAAUAAACUUGUAAAUAUUAUGACUGAAGGUUUGAUUAUUAAAGUACGGUAUUGGUUGCAAUCUCAAUUCUAACAUCUAGUAGUACACAAAUUAAAGUUGUGUUCCUCAUCUAUUUCAUACGGUCGUUCCAAAGUAUUCGUUACAAUACGUCGGUAUAAUUUCUGGUAUUAGUUGCCACAAGUGAAGCAGCGAAUAUUAUAUUUAACAUUUCCGUGAAUUAUUAGUUAGGGUUAAAGAGCGCCUACGUGUAUAAAGUCGAUACAUUUAAUACACUAUUUAUGUAGCUUACUUUUACCGAUAGAUAUAGUAAUGAAAUUAUGACAAUUAUCGGUCAAACAGACUCCCACUUGGAUUUAUGUCUUUGAAAUGUGUUAUUAAGGGCAUUUUUUCAAGGGCAUUUUUAACGUUUUAUUCAUGUAAUCGAUUAGUAUUUAUAACACAAGAAUUCAUUGUUGUUACAUGUAUCAAAUGGAAUGUAAACACAUUAGAAAUAGGUGGAAAAUGUAAAAAUUGCUUAGAAAUCAACACAUUUAUUUUUCGUAGAAAGGUUUCGGUUAUGUUUAAAGCGGGGGGAGUUGGGGAGCUCAGCUUCCAUAAACUACCCUUAACCCUACAUUACAUAUUACAAUAAAAAAUGACGUACUGUAUGAAAAUGCCCAUAAUAACAUAUUUUAAGAUCAUUGAAAUCGGAGGGGGAGUCCACUUUGCUGAUAAUUGCCGUAACAAUGCGUCAAUUGAUUGACCACGUUUAACCCGCCGCGAUGUUAAAAAAAUUGUGCAUGUUAAUAUUGACCUUAUAUUUUGAUAGUUAUCGACAAGUAAACGUUAUUUAUGGGAAAUUUAGUGGACCAAAAGUGAGGAUUUUUUAUCUACAGGUUUAAAAAAUUGGAUUAUUAAUGAUUUUUCUUUAUUACCUUGUUGCCUUUAUAUUCCAAUUUCUUUAAUACUGUUUCAUGUUGAUCGUAAUGGGUUAAAUUGCCUUGUUCCAUGCAUGAUUUUAAAAAUAUUAUUUAUUUAGUAAGUCCUAUCAAGAGAAUGAUUGAAACGCGUCAUUUUGAAUGUUGACUAUGCGUUAUUUUACAUCGCAUGUACACUGGGAGACAUCGAUGCUCCCCGAUCCUGCACAGGCGAUGUCGUAUCUGCAGGGGAG